AUGGCGUACCUAUUCACCUAUCAUCAGGUCAUGGCUCGUUUCCUCGACUUCUGGUGCUCCUUCAAAUUCCGGGAGACGUCUCACAGCUUCACCCACUUCCAGAAUGAAGAUUACCUCGGCUCGCAGCAUCACCAGCCUGGAUUGAUUCCCAUGGGUCGAUCUGGCAUCAGAAUUCAGCAUUGUUUCAACAUUCUUGGCAUCGAGAGAAGCAGAGACAACAAAGGGUGGGAGCUUCGACAAACAGCAGCGUAUCACUCCUAUGAUCUCAUUGAGGGCCGCGCCUUGUGGGUCGUCCUCAAGGGCGAUAACACCAUGAGAAGGCGUCUCGAAACUACAACAGAAGAGUCUAUCAAGAAAGGGGAUGCGCCUCUACAAAGCGUGCAUGCAUCAUUCGCCCAAACACUAACAGACCAUCUUCUAAUCAUGCAGUGGUGCGUCGAAAACUGGGAGUCUUAUGCCGAGGGCCUUGAACGCAAGUACGCGAGCCUCUCGGGGGUAGCAGACCAUGCUCCCGUGGAUGACUUGGCCGAUGAUAUCGCUAUCAUCAAGCAACACGAAAAGGUCGACAUUACACCAGGUUCACCUCUCAAGCAGCAAACAAGUGGUCUUGAAAAGUCUCCUGAGUCACCAGGGUUUGCCCGAAGGCUUUCUAUGAAAGUCACUGGUCUCAGCACAGUGACUCAAGUAGAGCCUCCCCCUCGAAAAGUAGAGCACGUCAGAAUGGAAGGUCUAGUGCAGUUUGACGAGCUCCAAUCGCUGAGCAGUCUUGCCAAGAGCCUCGGAGAAGCAGUAUCAGCAAUCACUCAAAACCGAAGAGUCUUGGCUCAGAUCAGGGAGUAUUACCGGGAACUCGUCAACUCGGAGGGAUUCAAACGUCACGUCCCCAAAUCUACAAUGAAGCUUUGCAAGCAGGCCGCCUCGGAGUUUGCAAUGAAAAUAGGGAGACUGGAGGAUGACCUCGCCAACUACGAGGGCAACCUCAAGACUAUCCUUCACGGUGUUGAGAGGACAGAGACAAUGUACAACGGCAUCCUCCAAUACCAGAGUAUGCGAACGGCAAAGUACUUUGCCGAGUCAUCGGAAAAGUCAACCGAGAUCAUGAAGGGCUGGACGCAGGAGAUGCAUGAAAAGACCAUGUCGAUGCAUGUCAUUACAGUCUUCACACUCAUAUUUCUCCCGGGAACAUUUGUAGCUACCAUCUUCAGCAGUGGCAUCAUCUCGUUUGGGCAGGAUGGUGGUCCCGGCUUCGGCUCUGCAAUGGGCGCCUGGAAAGUCCGGCUGGCCGCCUUGAAGCUGUUUGCUUCCGUAUUGUACAUUUCUCAAGGGCCUGUGACUUAUUAG